AUGGCAUCUUUCAUCCCGAGAGCAAAGGACUUGAUCACGGAGGAGGACAUCCAAACCUGGGUCUCUGCAGGCGUUAGAGCAGCAAUGCCUUUGAUGUUCACUGAGACACGUGAGCUCCUGCUGUUCGCAAUGCAUGAGCACCAGCGUAUCUUGGAAGAGCAGACUCGAGCCAUGAGGCAAACUUUGGAGGUGCAGUCUGAGGCCAUGCAGUACACCAUCGAGACCCAAGGCCGGCAAGUGAGCCGCCUCAUCGCCUUUGGUGGGCUAACCGCCAUCUUCUCGAAGUUUUGGCAAGACAUCCCCGCCUGGCUCCGAGACAAGCGGUGGUCCCUGGCUGCAGCCUACGGCGCGGGAGUACUCGCCAUCAUCUUUGGAGUCUAA